AUGGGCAGCGCAACACCCCCCUCGUCCACCCUGCGCGUGGCAGCAGCUCAAUACGAGCCCGAGUGGCUCGACCUUGCCGCCUCGGUCAAAAAGACCUGCUCCAUCAUCGCGGAAGCGGCCGGCAAAGGCGUCACACUCGUUGGCUUCUCUGAGGCAUUCAUCCCGGGCUACCCAGCGUGGAUAUGGCACCGCCCCGUCGACCCGGCGCUCUCGACAAAAUACAUCCAAAACUCCCUGGUCGUGGACUCGGCUGAGAUGCGCACCAUCCAAGCGUGCGCCAAGCAGCACGGCGUCGUCGUCGCACUGGGCUUCUCCGAGAACGACCACAACUCGGUGUACAUCGCACAGGCCAUCAUCGAUGCCGACGGCAAACUGCUCAUGCACCGCCGCAAGCUCAAACCCACGCACAUGGAGCGCACCAUCUUCGGCGACGCCAGCGGCAACAGCCUGCUCAACGUCGUGGCCACCAAACUGGGCGGCGGCAAGCGCGUCGGAUCCCUCGCCUGCUGGGAGCACUGUCAGCCGUUGCUCAAGUAUCACACGGCCACGCAGCGCGAGGAUAUCCACGUCGCGGCCUGGCCGCCGUUGAGCCCGCACGCCGGGCCCGAGCUGUGGAGUAUGUCCAAGGAGGGCUGUCAAAGUCUCUCACAGACAUACGCGGUCGAGACGCAGACGUUUGUCCUGCACGCCACGACCGUCCUCGGGUCCGGGGGUAUCGACCUCAUGGGCACAUCUCAGAGCAUGCUGAUGAACAGUCCCGGCGGGGGGUUCUCUGCCGUCAUUGGGCCCGACGGCCGCGUGCUCUCCCAGCCGUUGGAACCCACGGCCGAGGGCCUCGUGAUCGCGGAUAUCGAUCCCAGCAUGGCCAUCAUGGCGCGCAGCUUCCUCGACAUCUGUGGCCAUUAUAGCCGGCCGGACUUGUUGUGGUUAGGCUGCGAUACGCGGGAGAAGAGGCACAAGGUCGACACGCCGAGGAGGAAAACGCUUGCAGAAGUGGAGGCCGAAACAGAAGAGGAGAAUGCUGGGGCGAGUUGA